AUGUUAUUGACCCCUACUCAUCAGUUGGAAAAAAUGAAGACAGGAGUAAAACGAAGAGUGGAGAAUGAAGUGGAUCGUGCAGAAACAAAUCAUGAAACUAUCACUGCAAAGCGAUUGAAGACCCAGCUAAUAUCUGCGAGGGCUGAAGAAGGAGGCGAAAAUGAAUAUACCGAUAGGAUGUGCAGGUGGCUCGAAGAAAUUUGUGAAGAUGUUCCAGAGGAGGUCAAGCAGAAACUCGCGCAUUAUGUUAGCAAAUCUGAACAAACCAAUGAUGAAACAGAGUCUUUGUUGGGAACAAUCAAUCAGCUUACCUUUAAAAAGCAAGCGCCAUCGGUCACUGAAUUAUUGCCAUCCAUCACAGCAAGAACUACCAUUCAUACAGCACACACAUAUAUCCUGGCUGCAUCAUUACUAGCAAUCGAGAUGAUGUUGCAGCCUUCUCAAAAUCCUGAAAACACACUGUUUGAGCCAGUAGGACACUCCAAUGCAGUUGUUAAGACCUUAAUUAUGAUUAAAAGGAAUUAA